GCUCCUAUUUAUUAUUCUAACAAAAUAAAGCAAUCUUCCUUCUAGUCCAGUUCUAUAGAGAAAGGAAACCCUUCAAAAUUUCUCUCUCUGGUCUCCAUGUUGUCAUUUUAUUUCCUCCUCUGUUAGCGUGUCAACCCUUUUCUUCUCUCUCGUUCCUAAUUCCUUUUCUUCACUAUUUUACUCUCUGAGGUCGCGAGAUUCUGACGCGCCCUUUUAGGGUUUUGCUUUUGAAGGAAACCCGAAUUUCUUUGUUGUGAAAAGAGAAGAAAAAGAGAGAAAUUCGAAGGGAAAUGGUGGAGAUCGGGGUGAGGUCGAGUAUUAGUAUGGAGACCACCUGUGGAGCUCUGCUCAAAGAGCUUGAGCAUAUAUGGACUGAUAUCGGUGAAAGCGAAGCGGAGAAAGACCGCAUGUUGCUUGAGCUAGAGAUGGAAUGUAUGCAAGUUUAUCGAAGAAAGGUAGAGGAGUCUACCAAAGUUCGGGCGAAGCUCCAUCAAUCUUUAAUGGCCAAAGAAGCGGAAUUCACUGCACUUGUUGCCUCUUUGGGGGAGCAUAACGCCUAUCUGCAGAAAGAAAAAAGGCUAGCUCUGAGAGAUCAGCUUGCUUAUGUCACGCCUUUAUUGGAAGAUUUGAAAGUAGAGAAGGAUGAACGAAUCAAACAAUUUGCAGAUGUAGGGUCAAAGAUUGAAAAGAUUGAAAAGGAGAUUUUUGGAUACAGUCAUCAGAGUGAAUCACUGACUAGUUCUUCAUCUGUGGAUGAACAUGAUCUUUCAAUAAGGAAGCUGAACGAAUACCAAGCUCAACUUCGCAAUCUCCAAAAGGAGAAGUCCGAACGUCUUCACCGUGUUCUUGAGUAUGUAAACGAGGUCCGUUCUUUAUGCGGCAUACUUGGAGAGGAUUUUGUAAGAACUGUGGAUGAGGUACAUCCAAGUCUACAUGAUCCAAGUCCAGCAAAGUCUACAAACAUCAGCGACAGCACUUUGGAAGGACUAGCCAGAACCAUCCAAAAGUUUAAAACUGAGAAGAAGAUUAGAACUCAGAAGUUGCAAGAAACAGCCAAGAAACUAUUAGAAUUAUGGAACUUGAUGGAUUCAUCUCAAGAAGAGAGGAGUCAAUUUGAGAGAGUGGUCAAAACCUUAGGAGCAUCAAAUGUCACACAGUCUGGUAUUCUAGCACUGGAAACAAUUGAAAAGACAGAAGCCGAGGUUGAGAGACUGAGGAAACUCAAAGCCAGCAGAAUGAAAGAACUUGUAAUGAAGAGGAGGAUGGAAUUGGAAGAAAUAUGCAGGGAAGCACAUAUUGAACCUGAUACGAGCACUGCACAAGAGAAGUCAUGUGCGAUGAUAGAUUCUGGACUCGUGGAUCCAUCCGAACUUGUGACCAAUAUUGAGGCGCAGAUAGUGAAAGCGAAAGAAGAAUUCAGGACAAGGAAAGACAUAAUGGAUAGGAUAAACAAAUGGCAAGUGGCUUGUGCAGAAGAAAUGUGGCUAGAAGAGUAUAACCAAGAUGACAGCAGGUAUAAUGCAGGAAGAGGUUCCCACUUAAACCUGAAGCGAGCCGAGAAGGCUCGAGUAACUGUCAGCAAAAUUCCAGCUAUUGUUGAAACCCUCAUUAGUAGAACUUGUGCCUGGGAAGAUGAGAGAAAUAUGCCUUUCCUCUAUGACGGGGUCCGCUUAGUUUCUAUUUUGGAAGAGUAUAGACUUACUAGACUACAAAAGGAAGAAGAGAAAAGACGAGAAAGGGAUCAUAAGAAGCUCCAAAAUCUAAUCCUCACAGAAAAGGAAUUAAAGUAUGGAUCCAAACCUACCCCAAAAAGGAGUACUAGUUUCAAUAGAAAAGCAAAUGUGCAUUACGCAAAUGGAAAUGGAUUCAUGACUCCCUCACCUCGAAGAGUUAGCGUUGGUGGUGGAACCCCUGAGCUCCUAACUCCACGAUCCUGCUCUGGUCGUCAAAAUAGCUAUUUUAGGGAAAACAGACGGCUGACUAUUGCGCCUCUGAACUUUGUUGCAAUAUCUAAAGAGGAUACUUUGUCUACAUUCACAUCUGUCAGUGGCUCCGAACGUAGUUCUCCACCUCAUUGCUAGAUGCAGAUUGUAGAUGGAGGAUAUUGGUGUUAAAAAGCUAGAGAAAUAGGACUUGAGCUAAAUAGACGUGCAUUCAUGUAAUUGUGGCUGUGCACGAGUUCUCUAAAAUGUGGAUUGAAAAUCGUUAGUCCUUUAUAGAUUGAAUUGAGUGUUCUAUGUAGAUCGAAUUGUAGCAGCAACGUAGAAAAGAAUGUAUGAUAUUGAUUGCGGAUGUCGAGAGUAAUUUGCUGGCACAAGUUUAAUUUUUGGCCUUUGUUGUACAUAUGUGCUCUAUGCAGAUUUCCAGUUUGUAAUCAGCUAAUCAUAGCUAGUACUUUUUAGCAUUUUCCUUCCUUUC